GUCCCCGCUUUAGGGAGGCCCUCGGAGCAAAAAAGGUUUGGUAUGAAGCCCUUGGGCAGAUUAAAUGUCUUACAGUAAGAAAUUUGGGGAUCCUGCCAGAUAGGGGGCAUCUUCACAUCGUGUGUUUUCCUGCCAGGAAAGUGGCGCCCUGACCCCUAAUAUUUCCUUUGAUCUUUUGAAGGGCUUCCUAAUUCAUCUUUCUCUCCCUUUUGUGUAACUUCUGGGACUAGAGACAGCCACCUCAGUGCCCAAAUAAAGUUUCUUGGCUUGGCACUGUCUUCUUUCUUUGAGCUCACAGUUGCCACAAAACUCUCAGUAAUUGUACCUUACACGGGUUCGGAUUUUCAAGGCACUUUCAUGUUGCAGUGUUUAAUUUGACUUUAACACCAGCCUGUGAGGUCCUGCAUCUCCAAUAUGGAAUGUAUGUAUGGCCGUGUGCUGUGGUCCUGGCCCAGUACCUGUGGUUCCACAGAAGAUCUCUGCCGGGCAAGGCUGUCUUAGAGAUUGGAGCUGGAGUGAGCCUUCCAGGAAUUUUGGCUGCAAAAUGUGGUGCGGAAGUAAUACUGUCAGACAGCGCAGAACUGCCUCAUUGUCUGGAAAUCUGUCGGCAAAGCUGCAAAAUGAAUAACCUGCCACAGGUGCAUGUUGUAGGACUAACGUGGGGUCAUGUAUCUUGCAGUCUUUUGACUCUACCACCACAAGAUAUUAUUCUUGCAUCUGAUGUGUUCUUUGAACCAGAAGAUUUUGAAGACAUUUUAACCACAGUGUACUUUUUGAUGCAGAAGAACCCCAAGGUCCAAUUGUGGUCUACUUACCAGGUUAGAAGUGCUGACUGGUCACUUGAAGCUUUGCUCUACAAAUGGGAUAUGAAAUGUGUCCAUAUUCCUCUGGAGUCUUUUGAUGCAGACAAGGAAGAUAUAGCAGAAUCUGCCCUUCCAGGAAGACAUACUGUUGAAAUGCUGGUCAUCUCCUUUGCAAAGGACAGUCUCUGAAUUAUACCUACAAGCUGUUCUGGGACAAUGCCAAUACUGAUUAGCAACCUGGCACAUAUUAUUAGGAUCAGACUCGCUUCAUAUACUUGAGAAAAUGCAGUGUUUGAAGAAGGUCACAUCUGUUGGCCUUAGAUUAUGUGUCACCUUGAGAACACUCUUUGCAGGUAACAUAACUAUGUAAACAAAUUAAAACACCUAUGAAGAAAAA